AUGGACCGAGACAACCAAUUUGGCAGCUCGUACCUCCGCGAGGGUGCGACUCGUGUCCGCAAGCCCCGUCUCACAUAUCGACCAACAAAUACGGCUGUCGCCGUAGGCAAAAACACCGACAACGCUCCUGUCGCGAACAAGUGGUCUGCGCCUCAUCUGCGCCUCCGACGCCGUCUAUCACUCACAUCAGACACUACAAACAAGCCACCCGUUGCAAACGAUGAUGAUUCUGAGACGGAUCGUAUCUUGCAAACACACUCUCGCAACGAUGCUAGACGGAGUACCGCCUCCACACCCAUGGGCAGCAAUGGCUUGACCGCAACACGCCGCGGUUUGAUUCGCAACCGUGUUGUGCGUCCAGCAGAUCACUCUCGGCCAACAGUUCACUUCUCAUCGGGUCGAUCCGACGUCAUACUCACUCUCCCUGCAUCAGGGGAGAUACCAACACCAGCGACAGUAGCACGUCGGCCACGCAACAUAGGCGAUCGAUUCCCAGAGCUUCCAAGCGUACAUCCGAGCACGGUUCAUUCGCGGCGACCAGGCAACCGAGUCUCCGUCCCAAUUUUCGGGGCCGAUCGUCACGUUCCACCCUACCCCAUCUGCAGCUCUGUGCACGGAAGCACGGCAGGCUCAAUUUUUACCAAUCACAACGGAACAAACACCAAUACCAGGAAGACGGUGACGUUCGACUCUUCCGAGACGGAAGACAGCUUUUCAUGUCUGUCUAACAGCACACAGGCAACGUCAGUUGAUGAACGCGAGCAUUAUGGCUAUGACGACUACCUGCCCAAAGAGAAAUCCAUACCCGACCCCCUGCAGGCAACCGCCACAGUCAAUUGCUCUCAGCAUGCACCGUCGUCUACUACAUCCUCCACCGCAACAAUGUUGCCGCCAACACGCUCUCUGCCCACACGUCGCCGUUCACGGUCCUUUAGCGGCUGUACUGACCAUGAACUUCAUCGCACAGAGUCAGGCCUUGUACAUGUUCCUACAAGGUGGUCCUUGAUAGACUCCUAUUCUCGCACCGCUUUCGAUGCCACAAAAGGAACACCAGUGCCCUCUAGCACCUCGAGCACCAUAUCUCGUGGUAAUACCAGUGAGAUGAAUAGCCUUGCGCAGUUCGAGGCACAUAAAGUGGCCCUGGAGGCACAGUUUGAGCAGCGACGACAAACUCUCGAAUCCGAGCAGAAGAAACUUGCUGUCGAGCUCAAGGAGGCAAUCACUGCCCUCGGUGAGGCCCAGGCCGAGCGUAACGACCUGCGUCGUGAAGCUGCGGAGCACCGGCAGCGAGCGAAAGCCCUAGCAGAGGAAGUUGACGAUCUGCACGCGAGUAUGGACAAAAGCCUUCAGCGCAAGGACACCGAGACACAGGAACUCCUCGAGCUCCGUGCCGAUCUGGAGUCCAGCAAAAUGGCUCUUGAGGAGACCAAUGUAGCACUUGCGGCAGUAAAGCAAGCACUAGCAGAUGCCAACGCCAAUCUGACCCAACUGCGCGACUCGCUUCACCAGGAAGAAACCAACUCGGCCCUCUUUCGCGAGGGCAAAGCUGUCUUUGAAGAACGCUGUAGCGAUCUCGAAGUGAAAUGCGAAGGCCUCGAAGGUCAGGUCGUUGCCGCGCGGGAUGCCAACAAGGAGCUGCAUCUUCUCAUGGCUGGACAAAUCGAGGACCUAAAGGCAACCAAGAAUGCACUUCAGGUCCGCAUUGGUAUUCUGGAAGAAGAAGAGGCUAGUCGAGUCGCAGUCACAGCUGCAGCUGUGGCCGCUGCUGCAGCGGCGGAAGAGAAAGUUUCCGAGAGUGCCAGCAAGUUUGCCGAUGAGAGGACGUCACUUGAGGAGAGACUGACCGCAUCAGAGUCAAAACGCACUGCGCAGGAAAGCGAGAGACAGGUAGUCGAAACAGAGGUGAACGAUCUGAAAGACCAAAUCGAAACAAUGAAUUCCAACAUGGUAGCCAAAACUACUGAGCUUGAGGCACUAAUGGGAGAAUUCGAGAAGGUCAAGAAGGAGAACACUGCUCACCAAGAAACAAUUACCAGACAUGAGGCCGCCUUGGACAAAGCACACCAAGCAGCAGAAGGCGCAGUCGACACUGUGGAGACGGAGACUUCAGAUUCCCUCGGGGAAACAAUUUCAAAGCUAGAAGAAGCUCGCGCAGCGCUCUCAGCGGAAUGUGAGGCACUGAAGAUCAAAGCAGAGACCGGCAUCCCGGCCACUGCUGACAGCGACAACAGCGACUCCACGACGCCUGAUGCCGAGCUUCAGGAGAAGUACUUAAAACUUGAGGGCACCCACGUUGAGCUGCAGGAAAAGAUCGCUUCUUUGGAAGCUAGUCUUUCCUCUGAAAAAGAGGCUGCAGCUGCAGCUUUGGACAAAGCCCAAACAGACGCCGGGAGCGCUCUAGCAGACGCGCAAAAUGCCGCCACAGCUGCCAAGGUGGAAGCCGCUGCCCAUGCUGCCCAGCUCUCAGAGAUCACACAGCAAAAUAUCAAUCUGGCUACGGAAAUUGCGGCUCAAAAGGAGAUUUUACAGGAGUUACGCGCUGCAUACGCCACAUCCGAGGCCGAAGGAAUGGCCCUUCGAGACCAGUUGGCCAAAAUGCGGGCCAAACUCGCCGGUGUUGCCGGAUCGGUGACCAGCAAUGGCAGCGGUGCCUCGAAAAAGGGAGGCAAGAAGAACAGCAAAGACGACCUGGUCAUAGUCCGCACACCUGGUGAUCGCGGCCGAUUUCAGGUAAUGCGCAAGUCAGAUCUCCAUAGAAGUCCGUCGCGCAGCUCACGGAAGAACGAUUACGACUCGGCCUGA